GCUUAAAAAACGGCGCUUUUGUAAUAUGAUAACGCGCGCGCCUCGUUCUCAAGUUCUGUUUUGUUGAAAAUGAAAAAAAAACGAAUUGGGUAAUUGUUUGUCUAUUCGCUCGUCAAAUGUAGUCACUUUGCAAUUAAUUUUGUAAACUUAACAAGACACUUAAUUAUUUAAACAUUAAUAAAAAAAAUAUACGGAAUAUAGGCCUACAUCAACUUAAAAUAUUUCUGCGCUAAUGCAGAUCAUAAGAAUGAUUCGUUUCGUCAUAUAAUCUGCAUAUUAUUCAAACCGGACUCCGACACAGAACAUUCAUUCACAAGUACGAGAUGAUGUGAUGCCGAUCUUGUGAUUUCAUUAGGAUUUUUUAAAUCUUAGUGAAGAUAUGACAUCGUGCAAGUAUAUGUAAGUAAAGCAGAAACAAUGGAAAGUUGUAGUUCAACGUCAACCGACUCGGACAGUUCAACGGAUGACCGCGGACAUCUGCUGCUCACCCCGGUGAAAAAACGAACAUACAAAAGUGCCAUUUUUCAUGGCAUUUCAACUAAAAGAGCUAGAUACCACAAAGUGGCUCCCGAAAAACGCGGAUCAUCAAAUAUCAGUUAUGAAAAUUGGAAAUUCGUUGCCGAUGCUGACGGCAAACAAACGGAAAACAGCGCAAGCUUAGUUCUUGAUGAAGGAACGGAAAACGAUGCAAAUUUAAUUCACGAUGAAAGAAUCAACUCCUUUUCUGAUACCACUGAUACAGAUGAAGCUCAAGAAGAUCUCUCAUAUCUUUCAAGUUCUUCUUCUUCCAGUGAUUCAGAGCUCGAGUCGGAUAACGAAUCUCUCUCAACAGGCCAACAAGAGAAUACAUGGGAAGCUGAACAGGAGAAUACUAAUCCACCAUUGUAUGAAGGAUGCAAACAUACCAAAUUUAGUGCAUAUUCCAUGGUUAUGCUCUUUGUAACUAAGCGUGGGUUGUGUCGAGAGGGCUUUACAGAAUUGCUUGAAAUAAUAGCAGACCUGUUACCACCAUCAACAUCGUUUACCACCUCUGUUUACAAAGUAAAGGACCUCUUGAAAACUGGCAUCAACUUUCAAGAGCAUUCAACACAUUACUUCUGUGAAAGAUGUCAAGGUUUAUUGGAAGAUGGGAACCCAUGUAAAAAUGACCUGUGCCAAAGAGAAGAAAGCAGAACUUUGGAAUUCUGUGAUUUGAAUUUCAUUGAGCAGCUAAAACAGAUGUUCAAAGAUGACAACUUUUUGAAAUUAGUGACCAAAGAGAAAGAUGUAGACCAACAACAAAAUCUGAAUGUUGUAACAGCAGGAAGCAGAUACAAAGAAGUUAUUGGAGCUCGUCAGAUCAGUACAGCAGACAUAAAUAUUACAUUCACAAUGAACACAGAUGGAGUUGCACUUUUUACAUCUUCUAAGAAAGGAAGUUUGUGGCCAGUGUAUAUUGCGAUAAAUGAGCUCCCCGUCAAACUUCGGUUCUCCAGGAAAUACCUUAUUCCCUGUUAUUUGCACUGCCAAGUGGAGAAACCAAACAUGCUGACAUACUUAACACCACUGAUGAAAACUUUACAUUUGAUGCAAGAAAAAGGUAACAUUUUUGAAUGACAAAAUUAAAGACCAGUUAAAAAAUACAGAUUCAGAAUUUUAUACAGGGUCCAAUAUUAAUGAUAUACUUAACAUUUUUUUUAAACUUCAGCACAAAAUUGAUUUUCACAGGCCUGCCGGGCCUGUGCUAAUUUUGAAGACUGAAUACUAAUUACAAACUAAGACUUACGAUAUUUUUAAGAUUUGACAUAAUACUUAAUGUAUCAUAUAACAGUAUGUUAAAAAAGUAACUUGGCUCGACAAUUUUGAAAUGAACAACUUCUACAUACUUUCAUGACUUUAUAACUAAAACAUGCACCUGUAGACAAUGUGACUUAUGUUUUUUUAGGAUUAGUGGUACAGACAACAAUUGGUACCAUGCAUGUAAAAGGCUAUCUGCUAAUAGCAUCAGUAGACCUUCCUGCUAAAGCAUUGGUAGCCAAUGUAAAGCAAUUUAAUGGAGCCUUCAGUUGUACUAUGUGUACAGAUAAAGGGGAAAAUAGACAAGGCAAUCGUAUGGUGAGAUGUUUUCCAUUUAACCAGCAAUCUGACAUUAGAUCACACCAAUCUUGGAUCCAAGAUGCCAGAACAGCUUCUGAACAAGGAGUUGCAGUGAGUGUAAUUAUAUGCGCUAUUGAUAUUUUAUUUAUGAACAUGAUGGAAUAAGACCUUUUGGAAUCUAUUUGCUAAAUGUUACUCUCCUGAAACAAUUCAAAUUGUACAGGCCAAAGGGCUAUUCAGAACUAUAGUUGCACAUUGGCAUAUAUGGGGAGGCGCUUAGGAAUGGGAAAAAAUUGAAGGCAAUUUUGUUCCUAUUGGUAAAUGACAUGACUGAUCCUACUAUUGAGAAGUUAAAUUAUUGACAUCAGAUGUGUUUUUUUAACAUAUAUAGGUUCGUGGUAUAAAAGGUGUCUGUGCCCCAAUGAUGCUGUCCUAUGUGAAACUUCCUGAACUAUUUGUUGUUGAUUGGAUGCAUGCAAUACUUCUGGGUGUUGUGAAGAUGUUAAUGACUUUUUGGUUUGACAGCAAAUAUAAAGAUAAAGACUACUAUAUAGGCAACAAGAUGGCACUGUUGGAUAAACGAUUUCUUGCCAUAAAAAUUCCAGACUUUGUGUCUCGUCGCCAAAGAACUCUUACAGACCACAAACACUGGAAAGCGUCUGAAUGUCGGGAAUGGUUGGUGCACUUUUCUGUGCCUGUUUUACAUGGGAUCUUAAGCCCUGCUGCCUAUGUGCAUUACCUGUUACUAGUUACUGGUAUUGUCACAUUGACAAGUGAUGAGUUGAAGGCUGACCAAGUUAAUGAUGCUGAAAAACUCUUGCAAGACUUCUGCAUGCUGUUUCCAAUGAUAUAUGGUAUGUGCGUCACAAUUCGAAAUGUGCUUAUACUCUACUCCUAGGUGUCCCUAUUUUGUUAAAUGAACAAGCUUAUUGUUCCAUUUCAACACAAUUACCAGCAAAAGAAUCUCUCCUAUGCCACUGACUUACAAAAAGAAUGUUGUGCACUGAUGGAUGUUGUAUAUUUGCAAAUGAAUGGGGAUUAAAUCUGCAUGUAAUACAGUAGUUACAAUUAUUUGAAAAUCAUGAACAAGAAUGGAUAUGGGGCAAUGGCAUGAAGACAACCAUAAAUCACCUGAUGUAACAUACAAAACACAUCAUGACAUGCAUAUAUCACCACAUGAUCUUCAUUACAGCAAAAGAAAAACGGGACAGUCCGCUUUAGAUGGAAAGGGGGAAGACAUUAUUGUAUCUUUUAGACAAGAUUCAAAGACUUUUUUCAAUUUUCAUGCUUUUCCCUUUAAAAAUGAACCUGAGGUCGGUGCAUAUUCUCCAUAAUGAAUUAUUCCCAAAAUCCUCACAAAUGCUAAUUCAAAUAAGGUAUAUAUUGUCUAAAAGUGUUUAGGGAUUUUAUAUGACUCCUCCUACAUAUUUGAUAAGCAUUUUUUUUAUUUUUUUAGAUAAGCUUUGCUGUUGGGAUGUCAAAACAGCUAACAAGUAUUGUAAAAAAGUUUACUGAUGAUGGUGUUGACCCUAGCACUCAGCAGUUGUUCCGAAAGCUUGGGUCAAAAUUUAUUCAGUAAGAUUUUAUUUGAUACUGUAUAUUUUUUAAACUUUUAUUACAGAUAUGGUGCAAAAUAUUAUACAAAAAAAAAAAAAGUGAAUUGUUAAAAGUCUCGAGUAUAGAAAAAUAUAUUGGUCAAUAAAAAGUUCCAACAUAACCGGAUCAUGCAUAUAUUAAUAAUAUAUUCACAAGUACUUUCAUGUUUUUACAACAAUCUUCAGAUGAAUGGCGAAUAAUUGUAACUAUAUGUGACAGUAGUUAAGUAUGUAGCAUCACUAACAACUAUAAAAACAUGGACCCUGAUCAAAUUGGGGGCAACCUCUGGUGCCAAACUGUGACAUAAAGUCAAGGGUUUAAAGCAUACUCUUGACAAAAACAAAGAUAGAAUAUAAAUAUAAAUGCUGUCUUUAUAUAAGGUUCAGUUGUUGACAUUAUUUUCUUUUGUAGAGAAGAAAUUAUUUUUGAAAAUGACACGGAAAGUUUGGGAAGGAGCACAGUUAUGAAGGAAACUAGUCAUCAUUACCAGUAUUUGACCGAUGCCAUGAAACAUCAUCAAGCAAAAACUUUUGGGAGAUUAAGAUUCCAUCGCAAUUUAAUCUUCCAUUCAAAGGAUUCCCAACAUGCAAAAACUAGACGUGAUUAUGUUGCCUGCUUCACUGAUGGAAAUGAAACCAGAAUAGGUGUUAUUUUGACAUUUGUUCAAGUCAAUCAACAGAAUUAUGCAGUCAUACAAAAAUGUCAAACUGUCCCUUUUAAGCUGAGUCAGGAUUUGAAAAAUGCCAUUACCAUGCCCGUGUUAGAGGAGCAUGCUGAAAAAUCACUCUGCAUUCAUGUUUUUUAACUAGUUGACUAUGGAGACACUGUAUUAGUUCAUUGCAGUAGACUAGGAAAGAAGUGCAUCUUGGUCCAAAUAACACCAAAUCUCGCAUUCAUAAGUGUUCCACCAAAUACACUUGAACAUAACUGACUUAACAUAGUCAUAUUCUGUGUAAACUCGUGUACAUUAAUAGCCUACAAUUGUCUUUGUAAAGGGUAAUAUAUCUAAUUAAAAAUUGUUAAACUGAUGUAUUGUUCCAUUUUUUCUAGUCAUUACCACUUCAUGCAAAAUGUAUUUCAGUUCUCAUCACCUCUGCAUGGAUUGUCAGAGGAGUUAUAGUUCCAUUGGAAUAUUCCAGUGGAAAUAUAAUUCCAGUGAUUUUUUUCCAUUGGAAUUCUGCUUGUGUAUUUUGCUUCACUGGAAUUCCACUGGAACUUUUUUUACUUCUCUGGAAUUCCAGUGGUAUUCCACUGAAAUAUUUAAUUCCAGUGGAAUCUCACUGGAAUUCAGUGGAAUUCCACUGGAAUUCCAGUGUCAUUUUCAAUGGG